GAGGCCGGUCUGCUUGUCUGCCUGGGCGGUUCCAUAAUGUGGUCAAUGUGCUGCACCAGUACAUGCUCCCAGAGCUGAUAUUUGACCUUUGAGCACCUUGAACUGGCUCUGUUGGUGAAAUGUGUGUUGCCUUGUCUCUGUUGGCUGUUACUCAUGAACUGAAUUUGAAGCGGUCACAGGCUGCAGUCUGGAUCAGGGGUCACUGCACCCCAAUAAUCAGCUCUUCUGUUUCACUCGUCAGGUGCUGCACAGGCCACCUCCAGCCCCAAUGAAGGAACACCGUCUCUCCCCCAUGCGUGAGGAGCCCUUAUCAGCCCCCGCAAAUGAGGAGGCGUGUCAGAUUGUGGGAGCUGCAGUCGUACCUGGGUGUCCCGUCGGCACUGCCAGUAGUACUGGAAGCACCAAGAAGCCACGAUCACGUACUAAGAUUUCGCUGGAGGCAUUAGCUAUUCUGCAGAGCUUCAUCCAGGAUGUUGGCCUCUAUCCAGACCAGGAGGCCAUCCACACUCUUUCUGCACAGCUUGAUCUCCCCAAGCACACCAUCAUUAAGUUCUUCCAGAACCAGCGCUAUCACGUUAAGCACCAUGGCCGACUCAAAGAGCUGGGAGAGGGUGCCGCAGCUAGCGGCGGCGUGGACGUCAGUGAAUACCGAGAAGAGGAGUUGCUGUCAGGCUCUGAGGACCCAGAGUCCAGCGAGGAUGGAGCUGAGGAGAUGUACCAGUCCACAGAUGGAAACUCUGGGAGCACAGGAGGGCUGUCUCAGCCUCUGGCUUCCUGCAGAUCAAACUCCAGCCAGUCACCCUCAGGGACCAGUGUCCCCCUGGAGGACGGACAGGACAAAGGCCAUGUCCGACCUGGUGGACCCCUGGCCCCUGGAAGCUCCUCGUCCAGCCCCAUAGAGCAGGCUGACUACCAGAGGUAGAAACACAAAUAAAAUCAAGAAGACAAACAGAAACAGAAAAACAAACAAUUAGGAAAGGUUAACGAGAAGGUCAGUGGAAAUGAAAUGAGUUAAUUUGUGGAACUGCAGGAGAUAAAUGUCUUUUCAGGAUCAGGUGCACCUGGAAAGGAUUUGUCAGAAAUACUGUAGAUUGUAGGAAAUGAGCAGACAGACACUUUGCAGUGACAGCCAUCUGUGAACACCGGACUAUCUGGAGUCAUAGCUGUGAAAUUACCUCAGCAAAAGACAGACAGACGGGAGGUUUAGGAGGAACUUCACCAGAAGAACCACCGGAAUAACUCGCCAACACACCAUCUCUCUGAGGCGCGUCAUUCCUGAGCACAGCAGCACACGACACGCUCUCACUGCCAGGUCAUGCUGGACCGCAUCCUGGGACUUCCUGAGGAACCCACAAACCUUGAACUUCUCAGGACUCUCACUGAUGUUGAAGGUGUUGUGCAGAACUUCCUGCCGCUGUUCUGAGUUUGGUGUCACUGUGGAAAAAUGACGUUGUUGCACCAGCGACACACCGCCCGCCUCAUCUUCCUCAUGUCAAGUAUCUCAUCCCAUCAGGGACUGUAGGGUGCUGCCUUCGUCCAUCCGGCUCAGAACACACAGAGGGAGCAGUGGACAGUCUGUAAGAGGAUGAGGAACGUGGGCAGAGCUUCAGUAACUCCACAGUCACUUUAUGUGUCUUGUGCUUGACCACGCCCACCCGUACUCACACUUCCAUCCCUAUUUAUUGCGAUCACGGUUGUUGUUAUUGUUGUUCUGAUGGUUGGAGAUGAUGUCACUAUCGUUAGCUUUUAUUUCAGUGUUGGGUUCCAGAACGGUCCUGAACGGGGAGGAAGUGCAGUACAGGAUGGACGAGCGCCAACAGUUACUGAGUGUAAA